AUGAGUAGCAUUCCAGCUGGCACUGACACUGGAUCUUGUGGUGCCAAUUUCAAGAACGAUCGCAAGCGUAGAGACAAAAUUAACGACCGUAUCCAGGAACUAUUGAGUAUCAUCCCCAAAGACUUCUUCAGGGACUAUUACGGCAACUCUGGCAGCAAUGACACGUUGAGUGAGUCUACUCCAGGUGCUUCGGGUCUAUCCAGCAAGGCCAAGGGUACAGGAACCAAGGAUGGUAAGCCCAACAAGGGUCAAAUCCUGACUCAGGCUGUGGAGUAUAUAUCACAUCUACAGAAUCAAGUGGACACACAGAACAGAGAGGAAGUGGAGCUCAUGAUGAAAGUCACUCAGCUGGCAAAGCAGACGGGUACUAUUGUCAAUGAUAUAAACUUAGAGAACACCAGCGCUGAAGUCGCGCUCUCCAGAAUUGGCGUGGGGCCGCUGGCAGCAACGAAUGAUGACUCAGUAAGACCACCAGCAAAAAGAUUGAGUUCCUUUGAGUACGGAGGAUAUGGUGAGUACGGAAAUGGUACUUAA